AUGGACAGAAAACGAUUAACAAAGCCGCAAAAAGAAAGACCACAAGGAGAACUUGUAACACGAGAGAAUAUCUUACAAACGAUGAGAAUGGUAGAUCCUAGACUGUUACCAGACUCUGAUGUUAUAUCUUUUUUUCAAGAAAUGAUAGAAGAAUAUGUCGAACAAAGUGUAGAGGAGAUGAUGAUAUUUGCAAAGCACAGAGGAGAUAAUACCGUCGAUUUCAGAGACGCGAAAUUGUUCUAUGAGAGAGCAUUUAAACAUAGUAUUCCAGGCAUUUUGAGUGUCAUACAACAAAACCACCCGCCUACAGAGUCCAUUGUGAAGUCCCUGAAUAAAAAGAAACCAAUACCUAAAAGCUACUUAGCUCACCUCCAAGACUUUAAGAAGUCGAAGAAGUGA